UCUGUAAACACCAUUCACUUUUUUCAAAAGGUCACAUGUCCCUCCAGUUCCAUAAAUAGAACUCACACUUCACUUCCCACGACCACAUCACUUAGUAUAUCAAACUUUUAUUUUCCUUCUCUUUAUAAUAUAUUCUCUAUAGGCUACAUACACAAAGUAUACAUGGAUCCUUCCAUCAAAGGAGAUCAAGAAAUGUUAAAAAUCAAGAAACGGUGUCAUCAAGAUCUUGAGUUAGGUUUGACCCUUUUGCCACGUGGUACAACUUCAUCAGAACUCAAUCUCAUUGAUUCUUUCAGAACCAGCUCAUCAUCGACUUCUCAUCAUCAUCCUAACCGUCAAGAACAUUUGGAAGACCCGAGAACGUUCUCGUGCAAUUAUUGUCAAAGAAAGUUCUAUAGCUCACAAGCACUAGGCGGCCACCAGAACGCUCAUAAACGCGAACGUACCUUAGCCAAACGCGGACACUACUACAAGAUGAGUCUCUCCUCCUCCUCAUCCUCUCCUUCUUCAGCGUCAGCGUUUGGCCACGGUUCAGUCAGAAGAUUCGCGAGCAUGGCAUCAUUACCGUUACAUGGCUCGGCGAGUCACAGAUCAACGCUAGGGAUUCAUGCUCAUUCAACGAUCCAUAGUCCCUUUUUAGGAAGGCAAGCAGCGAGUUUAAGCCAUGUUUUCACACAGAGCGUUCACCAGAAACCGGCCAUGGGAAAGGUGAUGGCGGAGAAAUUUCACAUUGAAGUCGCCAACAGUAACAUUGAAUAUUUCAAGAGCAAGCAAGAAGAUCAUAAUCAGUUUAAGAAGAUUGACUUGACUCUUAAGCUAUGAUUUAUUAAUUGUCAUCUUCCUUUUAGUUUUUAUUAUAACUUUUCGGUCGUUUU